GUCGCCGGAAGUGCUGAGGCGGGAGGCAGCGGCGGAGGAGAAGGAGACCCGGCGCAGGCCCGCCUGGGCUGCCCUGUCCUUUCCCCCUCCCUUUGGCUGGCGAGGAGGUGACUUUCUCGCUACGCCUGAUGGGAAAAGGGGGCGGGGCCCGCUAGCUUCGCACUUGGUUUUGGCUUCGCACGUCCAUUUACCUCCAGUGCUUUGGGCUUCUCCCCCCUCCCUUUCACAACAACCCCGUGAGAUCAGAUCCAGGAGCAGUGCAGGUGACAACACCCAAGUCAGGAGGACAGUAGCUCCUGCAGCACGUUUCCCUCAGGCAGCUGGCUUGAUAGCAUCCCUGUGAGAUUUGGAGGUGAGAUUGCUGUGACUGAGAGAAAACAGAUCCCUCUUAACUAUGGAAGAGAGCAACCAGGAAUGAGAGAGCAAUCCUUGCUACCCUCUCCCAAGAAGUAGUCAUGUUGGAGGGAUUGGUAGCCUGGGUUCUCAACAACUACCUCGGCAAGUAUGUCAGCAACCUGAACACAGAUCAACUGUCAGUAGCUCUUCUGAAAGGUGCUGUAGAAUUGGAAAAUUUACCACUAAAAAAAGAGGCCUUGAAGGAUUUGCUGCCUUUUGAGGUCAAAGCUGGCUUCAUUGGCAAGAUAACAUUACAGAUACCAUUUUAUCGACCUCAUGUUGAUCCAUGGGUGAUAUCGGUAUCGAAAUUACACCUCAUUGGCUCACUGGAAAAGCAAGAAGAUUUUGAUGAAGAAAAAGAGAGGCUGUUUGAAAAAGAAAGCAAGGCAGCUAUUUUAUUAGCACUGGAAGAAAAAUGGAAAAAAGAGCGGGAACAGGCAGCAGAAUCGUACUGGUAUUCCGUCACCGCAUCUGUCGUCGCACGGAUCGUAGAAAACAUAGAAUUAAACAUUCAAGAUGUCCACCUGAGGUUUGAGGAUGGGGUCACAAAUCCUUCACAACCGUUCGCAUUUGGAGUCUGCAUAAAAAAUGUAUCUGUGCAAAAUGCCGUAAAUGAGCCGGUGGAGGAGCUAAUGAAGAAAAAGCAGCUGGAUAUUGCUGACUUCAGCAUCUAUUGGGACACUGAUAGUGCUUUAAUGGGAGACUUGCCACCUGGGGAGUUGCAGGAAGCAAUGGAUGAAAGCAUGGAAAGCCGUGACCAUAACUACAUCAUGGAGCCUGUGUGUACCUCUGCCCUUCUAAAGAGAAACUGUUCCAAGGAGCCCCUCAAAUCACGGAAUACACCACGGCUUGAGUUUGACAUUCAGCUGGAGACGAUACCUCUGAAACUUUCACAGACACAAUACCGACAAAUAAUGGACUUUUUGAAAGAGCUGGAUCGAAAAGAGCGACAACUCAGAUUCAGAAGAUGGAAGCCAAAGGUCCCCGUAGCUGGAAACUGCCGGGAGUGGUGGCUUUUUGCUCUGAAUGCACACAUUGCGGAGAUCAGAGAGCAGAGGGAACGCUGUUCCUGGGAUUUCGUGUUGCAUCGGGCCCAAGAUGCUGUAUUGUACACAGAUCUGUAUUACAAGAAGUUAAAAGAAGUGGAGCUGUCUGAUGAGGAGCAGGAGGAGAUAGAGCGAAUUGAGGAUGAACAGACAUUCGAGGAGCUGAAAAUCUUGCGUGAGAUAGUGUACAACAGAUUCUGCGAACUUGCUGAGCAGAGCAUCAAGGAGCCGCUGACCGAUUCCUCAGAGGAAACGAUUGAAAUUGAAUCGGAUACUAGCAGCAGCGGAAUGCUUCGCUAUCUUCAGUCCUGGUUUCCUGGGUGGGGAGGCUGGUACAGCGAUUCUCAGGAAGCCCUGGAAAAGGAAUCUUUCGAAGGACUGCUUUCAGAAACAUCUGAACAGUGGAGGCCGGACGAUGUCGCUGGUGCCGAUGAUUUUUUUGAUCCAGCUGCAGACGUCUCCAACAUAAACACCUUCACAAAGAGGGAUCACGUCUUGGCAAAGUUAAAUCUCCAGCUGCAAGGUGGCUCUGUUACUUUGCUGCAUGCUGGGAAGAAGGGCCUGCAGGCCCAUGAAAGAGCUUUCAUGCAGCUUGAAUUUUCAGGAGUAACCAUCUUAGCAGAAUCUCUUCCUCGGAGGAAUUCUUCCCUUUUCAAGGUUCAGCUUGGUAGCCUCUUCCUACGAGACUUAGCGACGGAAGGGACCAUAUUCCCUGUCCUUGUCUUCCCUAACCCCCAAAAAGAAGUUGGCUGUGUCUCUUCCAUUGGUCUCCAGACGUCCUCUUCAGACACGAGUAAUGAAAGCGCUGCUGCUGAUCCUGCUGUUCCAGUGUUUGAGAUGCUGUAUGAGAGAAACCCAGUUCGCAGCAAUUUUGAGAGACGUCUGGAAGUCAGUACCCGACCUCUAAAUAUUAUUUACAAUCCACAAGCCAUUAAGAAAGUAGCCGAUUUCUUCUACAAGGGAAGGGUUCAUACCUCAGGAUUCGGAUGCCAGUCUGAGCUGGAGUUGAGAGUGGCUGCAGCUGCCAGGAGACAGUACAACAAGCUCAAAAUGCAGACGAAAGCCGAAAUCAGGCAAACCAUCGACCGCUUGCUUGUGGGGGAUUUCAUUGUAAGGGGAUUUCAAAGGAUGGAAGAAAGCAAGCGCUGGACAGUGUGCCUUGAUAUUUCUGCUCCUCAGGUGAUCUUCCCCGAUGACUUUAAAUUUGCUGAUCCAGUUUUAGUAGUGAUCGAUUUGGGAAGAAUGCUGCUUACCAACACACAAGAGGAGCACAAAAAGAGGAGCUCCGGUGGUCCAUCUUCAGAGCUGAGUGACCUGAGCGACGAUGAGUAUAAAACGCCUCUUGCAACCCCUCCAAGCAGCCCGCCUCCUGAAAUUAGUGUGGCUGGCGAGGACAAAACUCUCAAGUUCACGGGGGUAGAAAUCAGUGAAGCGCAGCUGCAGGCACACUUGAUGAGCAAAAAAAUGUAUGAGACCUACAGCUUGUCAUUCAUGGAUCUGCAGAUCAUGGUUGGCCGAGUGAAAGACAAUUGGAAGCAUGCCCAGGACAGUGAUGUCGGUCCAACCCAUGUGGUGGAGAAAUUCAACGUCCACUUGCAGCUGGAACGCAGGUUGAUCUACACCUCUGAUCCCAAGUACCCAGGAGCCGUCUUGUCUGGGAAUCUGCCUGAUUUGAAAAUACACAUCAACGAGGAUAAAAUAAUGGCUCUGAACAACUGCUUUGGAAGGCUGAGCACAUCUGAUACGGACAUUGCGGGCUCUUCGCAGAUAGGCAAAGAGGUGACUUUUUCAGAUCUGGACCAGCGCGGAAGUUUGCACAGCUCUGUGGUGAAUUUAACACAGAGCGUGAUGGUGGUAGAACAACACACUAAGGAAGUCCUUGUAGAAUCGCAACUGCUUUUAGCAGAGUUCCAAGUUAACUGUAUGCAAUUAGCCGUUGAAAGCAACGGCCGGUAUAUCUCGGUCCUCAAGGUUUUCGGCACGAAUGCGCAUUUUGUGAAGAGGCCUUACGACGCAGAAGUUUCCCUCACAGUCCACGGCUUGCUGCUGGUUGACACUAUGCAAACCUACGGUUCUGAUUUUGACCUCUUGAUGGCUUCUCACAAGAACCUCAGUUUCGAUGUUCCAACAGGAAGCCUCCGGGACAGCAGAGCCCAGUCCCCUGUCGGUGGGCUCGAUGAGACUCGUGUAGCUGAUAGGGUGCACUCAACCAAGAAAUACGCUGUGGCAUCAAGUGAUUUGCCUGGCAGCUUCCCACAGGACGAUGAAUCCUUAAUUAAGUUGGAAUACCAGUUUGUGAGUGCAGAGUGCCCCUCCAUGAACUUGGACAGCACUCUCCAAGUGAUAUCGGUCCAGAUGAACAACCUGGAUAUCAUUCUCAACCCGGAGACGAUCGUUGAGCUGAUUGGCUUUCUCCAAAAGUCCUUCCCAAAGGAGAAAGACGAUUCUAGCCCUCAGCCACUCAUGACUGAUGCAGAAAGGCAUUUCAGCGAGCAGGAAACCUUCCAGACCACCCACGCCCAGAGUACAGAGGUAGCAGUAGACAUCCGCUGGUUAAACGUCCUUCUCCUUAGGACGGUUACGACAGUGAACGGAGAAAAACUUGGCCGGAAAAUUGCAACGGCGAGCGUUGGCGGAACCAAAGUGAACGUCUCCAUGGGCAGCCGGCUGGACAUAAAUGGCUCUCUGGGUUGCUUGCAUCUUAUGGACCUGACUCUGGACAGCAUGAAAAACCAGUAUGUCGUAAGCAUUGGGAAUAUGAUGCGGUAUGAAAACCUCACCCACGUCACGGGCUCCUUCAAGCCUACAUUUCUCCAGUUCGACGAUGCCAGUAGCCUUCCUGACGCCUUGAGCUUCACUUUCUCAGAGAAGUCGAAAGAGGAGUGCUCGCUCCAGCUCAGGAUGGCCUCGCUGCAUUACAACCACUCGGCCAAGUUCUUGAAAGAGAUCACCUUGUCCAUGGAUGAGCUGGAGGAGAACUUCCGCAGCAUGCUGAAGAGUGCAGCCACGAAAGUGACCACCGUCUUGGCCACGAAGACGGCCGAGUAUAGCGAAAUGGUGUCCCUGUUCGAUACGACGCCUCGGUCCAGGGACCCCUUCAAUUUGGAAAACAGCGAAGGGGAGGAGGUCUUUCCGGUGCGCUUCAGAACCGAAACGAUCAAGCUUAUUUUGAAUGUGAACAUUGAAUCCCCAGUGGUAUCCAUACCCCGGAAGCCGGGCAGCCCAGAGCUGCUGGUGGGGCAUUUAGGGCAAAUAUCGAUCCAGAAUUUUGUGGCUGGAGAGGACAGCCUGAGAAGUGAUAGGCUUCAAGUUGAAAUCAGAGAUAUUAAAAUGUAUUCUCUAAACAGCAGUCAUUUAGCAGCCAAGAAAGAAGCUUCUUCUGAGAUGCCAGAUGCACUGCAUCCUCCUUCAGGCGUUGCUAGUAGCAGUGGAAGCAGCCAGGAAGAUCCUCAGUUCACUCGGCACGAUUUCUUUGAAUCCUUACAUAAAGGCCAUGCGUUUCAUAUUUUGAAUAAUGCUACUAUCCAGUUCAAACUGGAGAAGAUUCCAGUAGAGAGCGAUGCAGAGUUGGCUUUCACCAUGAAUGAUGAUGUUGAAAUCUCAAGCCUUAUGCGGAUCGAGGGGAAAUUUGUCAACCCUCUACGGGUGGUGCUGGCAAAACAUGUGUAUGAGCAAGUCUUGCAAACCCUUGACAACCUAGUUUGCAAUGAAGAUUUGACCAAGCCACCAUCCAGCUUUCCAUCCUCCCCGUAUCCCAGCUCCAGCUCCCCAUCAGUAUCGCUCCGCAGCAUGAGCACGGACUUUCCCACCGACAGGAAGGAAAACGGGCUCUUCAGUCACUCCAGCUUUUCUGCGUCUUCAAACAAAUUUGUGCCUGUCAAGGAAGUGGCACAGUCCUUUACUCAAAUACAAGCCACCUUUCACAUUUCAGAGCUCCAGGUUCAGCUGAGCGGUGACCUUACGCUUGGGGCACAGGGCCUGGUUAGCUUGAAAUUUCAGGAUUUUGAUGUUGAGUUUGCCAAGGACCACCCUCAUACCUUAUCCAUUCAGAUUGCCUUACGUUCCCUGCUGAUGGAGGAUCUUCUGGAGAAGAAUCCAGACUCUCUGUAUAAGAACCUCAUGGUGUCGCGCGGAGCACCCAAACCAUCCAGCUUAGCACACAAGGAGUACCUUUCCCAGUCUUGUCCGUCCGUGUCUAAUGUGGAAUAUCCAGACAUGCCCCGUUCCCUCCCUUCUCAUAUGGAGGAAGCUCCUAAUGUCUUCCAGCUGUAUCAGCGGCCCACCUGCGUCUCCCAGAGAAGGCACAAAGAAGAUGCAGACUCAGGCUACCCGUUAACGCCGCCCCCUUCUCCCACCGCCGAAAGGACAGCUACACCUUGCGGGAAGAGUGACUUUGACGAUUCCUUGGUCCACAUCAACAUGUUGCUGGUGGACAAGAAGCACCCGGAGUUCUCUUCUAGUUAUGGCAGAAUCAACCGUAUUGUGGAUGUUGACUUUAACUGUUUGGAUGUUUUGAUAACUCUGCAAACUUGGGUGGUGAUACUGGACUUCUUUGGGAUUGGGUCCACUGCUGAGAAUCACAGCUUGAAGUCACAGCCUGAAGAUGUGCAGCAUACCGUUAAAUCGGAGGCAAAUGUAUUGUCAGCCUCGGAAGGCCAGGACUCUCUAAAUACCAAACUGGAUCUGAAGGUGCAUUCCCUCUCCUUAGUUCUCAAUAAGACGACCAAUGAACUUGCUAAAGCGAAUGUAUCUAAACUGGCCACUCAUGUGGAAAUGAUUGAAGGAGAUCUUGCCCUUCAAGGGAGCCUUGGAAGCCUAUCCCUCAGUGAUCUCACCUCGCACGGAGAGUUGUACAGGGAACGUUUCACUACCAGCGGCGAAGAGGCACUCAUCUUUCAGAUCUACAAGUACGGCCGGCCCGAUCCCUUGCUGCAGAGAGGCUGUGAUAUGCGCGUCAGCCUACAAAUGGCAUCGGUGCAGUAUGUCCACACUCAGCGCUUUCAAGCAGAAGUGGUGUCUUUCAUUCAGCAUUUCACUCAGCUGCAGGAUGUCUUGGGGCGGCAGAGAGCAGCAAUCCAGGGACAGACGGUACGAGAUCAGGCCCAGCGAGCCACCAGAGUUCUUCUGGACAUCGAAGCUGGCGCUCCUGUCCUCCUCAUUCCUGAAAGCUCCAGAUCCAACCACCUUAUUGUAGCCAAUCUUGGGAAACUGAAAGUCAAGAACCGGUUCCUCUUUGCAGGGACCCCUGGUACCUUUUCGCUAAAAGAUAAGCAGGAUUCGGUUCAGUUUUCUUUACCACUGGGAACCCCAAAACACAGCAUGAAGAAGACAGCAAGCACUGAUGAGUCCAAGAUGGCAUCAUGUUCCUCUGAAGGGUUGUUCAUGAAACUGUCCUCUUCUGGACCAAAUCUGAGUCGGCUAAAAAGUGACCCAGGAGCAAGUGCUUUGGCUAAGCCACCAAAGAUGACCACUUUGCCAGUCCCAGACAGUCCUGAGGAACAAAUGUGCCUGCUGGACUGCAUUGUGGUUGACCUGCAGGACAUGGAUAUUUUUGCUGCUGAAAGGUACUCAAGAGAAUAUUCUAAAGCUACGGAAGAUGCGAGUGCUGACCUGGUCUUCCCAUCCUUCGUUGUCAGGCAGACAAGGGGGAGCCUCUUGACUGAACCCUUCAGGCUGAAGCUGCAAGUAGAAAGAAACUUGGACAAGGAGAUAAGCCACGCAGUGCCCGAUAUAUCUGUUCAUGGUAUCUUGUCGUCGGUGCAUUGUUCCCUGGAUCUUAGUAAAUAUAAACUAAUUCGUGGACUCUUGGAAAAUAAUCUUGGGGAGCCGAUAGAAGAAUUCAUGCGGCCUUAUGACUUACAGGACCCAAGAAUACAUACUGUGUUGAGUGGUGAAGUGUACACUUGUGUGUCUUUCCUAAUUGACAUGGUCAAUGUAAGUCUGGAACUCACUAAUCCUCAGGGGAAAGAAGGCUCAUUAGCCAGGUUUGACUUUAAGAAGUCCAAAUUGCUCUUUGAGGGUUUCUCAAACCAAACCAAAUCCAUCAACUUGGUUUCACAUUCCAUGAUGGCAUUUGACACGCGGUACACAGGGCAGAAGAUGGCUUCAGGAAUGCCAAAUGUGUUCAACUGUAUCUUCCAGUCAUCGAAGAACAGCAGUACUCAAGGAGCAAUACAGAUUGAGCUGCAUUACAGAUCUACCAAGGAUUCCUCCUGCUUCACAGUUGUUCUGAACAACCUCCGCGUGUUUCUCAUCUUCGAUUGGCUAGUGCUUGUCCAUGACUUUCUGCAGACACCCAGCGACACCAAAAAGGAGUCCGGCGCCACUCCUUCCCGACAGCGCAAUUACAGCAGCGAAGCCACUGUUGUUCCCAAAGCAGUGAAGUGUGGGAUAGUUACAAAGCGUUCUUCCCUUCAGGUCUCCGCUGAAAAGCAGUUGGAGGUCAAGGUAAAUGUGACAGAUACUGAAUUUGUGGUGGUCGAAGACAUGUCCUGUGUGGAUACCAAUGCAAUUAUUCUGAAGGGGACCACGGUUCUCACAUACAAACCCAAACUAGUGGAUCGCCCUUUCUCGGGCAGUUUGUCUGGCAUUGAGGUUUUUUCAUGCCGACUGGGAAACGAGCAGGAAACGGCACUCUCCAUCAUCGACCCUGUACUAAUUCAAGUUGAACUUGUGGGGAACUCUUCAUAUCCAAGCGGCUCAGGAUUGUUGGAUGCCUUCAACAGUGAAGACUUCCCACCUGUUUUAGAGAUUCAGUUACAAGCAUUGGCUAUCAGGCUGUCUUACAAUGAUGUCCAGCUGUUUCUGGCCAUUGCAAAAUCCAUUCCUGGUCAGACCAGCAACGCUGUGCCAGACCCGGCUGCUGCUUCAGAUGCCAGGGCCACAGCUUCUCCUUCUCCUGCUGCUUCCUCUUGGGUAAAUGAGAUCCCAGGACUGGUGUCAGAAACCAUAGAAACGUACAAGCACACUUUGGAUCCUGUUCUUGAGUUGCAGCUGGCCCGACUGCAGGAACUGGGGUUUAGCCUAGAUGACUGCCGCAAAGCUCUGUUGGUAUGCCAAGGUCAGCUGAAGAAAGCAGCAAGUUGGCUGUUCAAGAACGCUGAGCCUUUGAAGUGUGCGCCGUUGGAUUCCAGCCACCGUGAUAUCCAGGGCCCCAUGGCUCUGCGCUUAAUCUCUGGAGUAGAAAUUAAAGCAGACAGCAUCUGCAUUUGCUUUAUCGAUGACUGCAUGGACUGUGAUGUUCCCUUAGCCGAGCUAACCUUUUCACACCUGAAUUUUCUCCAGCAUCUAAGAGCCAGCCCUGAAGGUUAUGCGAAUUUUACACUCUCGGGAGAUUACUAUAACCGCGAGCUUUCGGGCUGGGAGCCUUUUAUUGAGCCCUGGCCAUGCUCUGUGUCCUGGCAGCAGCAGUUAGCCAGCCGCCUCCACCCUUCCCGGUUGAAGCUGGAAGUCAAAGCAAAGCAUCGUUUGGACAUCAACAUAACUACUGUGUUAAUCGAGCAGUAUGCCAGCACCAAGCAAUCAUGGAUGGCAGAUUAUUGCAAGCAGGAGAAGGAAGUAGAGGAAGUUGAAUCUGAAGACUGGAUGGGCUCUUCAGUCGAUCCUCCAUCCUUUGGACAAGGCCUUCCUCUUGUCUACCUUAGAACUAGGAGUACAGCCAGUCUGACUAACCUAGAGCACCAGAUGUAUGCUAGAGCUGAAAUGAAGACGCCAAAACGCAGGCAGCCUUUUGUGCCAUUUGCCCUGCGAAAUCACACGGGUUGCACUCUGUGGUUUGCCACUUUGACAACAACACCGACCCGUGCUGCUCUCUCUCACAGCGGAAGCCCGGGAGUCAUCCCGGAGGAAAACGGAUCGUUUCUGGAUGGCACGCAUAAAGUCAGCGAGUGGCGAGAAGUUCUUACUGGUGAAGAGGUUCCCUUUGCAUUUGAAGCCAAAGGGAAACAGCGACACAGGCACACACACGACCUAAGAAUUCACCAGCUGCAAGUGAGAGUAAAUGGCUGGGAACAAGUCAGUCCAGUGUCGGUAGACAAAGUAGGAAUAUUUUUCCGGUAUGCAGCUCCUGAUAAGAGCACAUCUUCCUCUACUGUUGGCAGCCCAAUUAGCAGAACAAACAUCAUACAUCCACAUGUUUAUUUUUCUUCAUUGCCUCCAGUCCGAGUAGUAUUUGCAGUCACCAUGGAAGGCAGCGCUCGGAAGGUAAUAACUGUCCGUUCGGCCUUGAUUGUGAAAAACAAACUGGAGACGCCUAUGGAACUCAGGCUAGACAGCCCUUCAGCACCAGACAAGCCUGUAGUGCUGCCUUCGGUCAUGCCGGGGGAUUCUUUUGCUAUUCCCUUGCAUCUGACAUCCUGGCGACUUCAGGCCAGGCCGAAGGGAAUGGGAGUUUUCUUCUGCAAGUCUCCGAUCCACUGGACAAAUGUGCAGAAGACCUCGGAGGUCAGCAGCAGCAAACGAGAGUGCCAUGCGAUGGAGUCUGAAAACAGCCGUUUCUUCAGGUUUUGUGUCGCCAUAAAGAAAGAGAAUUACCCAGAUUACAUGCCCUCCAACAUCUUUUCCGACAGCGCUAAGCAGAUUUUCAGGCAGCCCGGACACACCAUUUAUCUCCUUCCGACCGUGGUGCUCUGUAACCUGCUGCCUUGUGAACUGGAGUUUUACGUGAAAGGGAUGCCCAUUAACGGGACCCUGAAACCUGGGAAAGAGGCAGUACUGCAUACAGCCGACACUUCGCAGAACAUUGAGCUUGGGGUCUCCCUUGAAAACUUUCCACAGUGCAAAGAGCUUUUAAUACCCCCCGGAACACAGAACUACAUUGUGCGGAUGCGAAUGUACGACGUUAACAAGCGGCAGAUGAAUCUCACCAUAAGGAUCGUGUGUCGCGCUGAAGGGUCCUUGAAGAUAUUUAUUUCAGCACCGUAUUGGCUCCUCAACAAAACAGGGUUGCCGCUGAUCUUCAGACAAGAUAAUGCCAAGAUCGAUGCAGCAGGCCAGUUUGAAGAACAUGAGCUGGCCAGAAGCCUGAGCCCUCUCCUCUUCUGUUAUGCUGACAAAGAACAGCCAAACCUUUGCACAAUGAGAGUUGGAAGAGGAAUCCACCCUGAAGGUAUGCCCGGUUGGUGCCAAGGCUUCUCGCUGGAUGGAGGCAGUGGGGUCAGAGCCCUUAAAGUGAUCCAACAAGGAAACCGGCCAGGCCUUAUUUAUAACAUUGGUAUCGAUGUCAAGAAGGGCAGAGGUCGCUACAUUGACACCUGUAUGGUAACGUUUGCCCCUCGCUACCUGCUAGAUAAUAAAUCCAUGCACAAGCUUGCCUUUGCACAGCGGGCGUUUGCCAGGGGACAGGGCACAUCAAACCCAGAUGGCUACAUCUCCACCCUCCCUGGCUCCAGUGUUGUGUUCCACUGGCCACGCAAUGAUUACGACCAGCUGCUUUGCGUCCGGCUCAUGGAUGUCCCAAACUGCAUUUGGUCUGGAGGCUUUGAAGUCAACAAAAACAAUUCCUUCCAUAUCAAUAUGAGGGACACCCUUGGGAAAUGCUACUUUCUACGAGUAGAGAUCACUCUGAAGGGAGCUACAUACCGUGUUUCGUUCAGCGACACCAUCCAGUUACCACCCCCGUUCCGCAUAGACAACUUUUCCAAGGUCCCGAUCGUCUUUGCUCAGCACGGUGUUGCAGAACCACGGCUCAGCACAGAAGUCAAGCCAACAACCUCUUUAGAUUAUGCCUGGGACGAGCCCACCCUUCUGCCUUACAUAACCCUGACCGUCAAAGGAGCCGGCUCCUCCGAAAUCAGCUGCAGCAUGGAUGACUUCCAAGAUAGCAAGCAGCUCUAUUAUGAGAACUUCAUUUAUAUUGCUGCAACGUACACUUUCUCAGGCCUGCAGGAAGAAUCCGGGAGGCCCGUGGCUUCGAAUAAGGACGUGGAUUGUGCUGAACUUGUCCUGGAUGUUUCUCUGAAGACGCAGAGAGUCAUAUUAAAGAAAAAGGAGCCGGGAAAGCGCUCCCAGCUGUGGAGGAUGACGGGCACUGGGAUGCUUUGCCACGAGGGCUCUGCGGUUCCUCACCAUCCGAACAAGCCGUCCCCUCCCCGUUCCACAGAAUCCUCUCUGAUCCUGGAUAUCGCAGGCCUGGCUGCUGUCACAGACAACAGGUAUGAACCGCUGAUGCUGAGAAAGCCAGACCGGCGGCGUAGCACGACACAGACCUGGAGUUUUCGGGAUGGGAAGCUCGUCUGUGGCAUGCACGGGCUUGUCGUUCAGGCAAAAGGAGGCAUUGCAGGGCUACAUGACGGAGCAGAAGUCGUUCUUGGACCCGAUACGUCCCUGGAGAUGUUAGGUCCAGUUCCACCGGAACAGCAGUUUGUCAAUCAGAAGAUGAGGCCUGGCUCGGGAGUUUUGGUAGUCAGGGUCAUUCCAGAUGGCCCAACCAGAGUCCUGCAGAUAACAGACUUCAACCAACGCAGAAAUGAUCGUUUCUCAUACGAAGGGGAUGAGCUGGAACACGAUCUGCGGAAGCUGAAGAACCCUGACACAGAGCAAGAAUUGGAAGUCCAGUUGAAAUUGGAAGGCGGAAUAGGUUUAUCUUUAGUUAACAAGGCCCCAGAAGAGCUGGUGUUUGCGAGCUUCACCGGCAUUAACGUCCAUUUCACACAGCUGUCAACGGGUCAAGUGCUCGAACUGAGUAUACAGGAUAUACAGGUGGACAACCAGCUCCUUCGUACCACUCAGCCUUUCAUGCUCUUCCUGACCCCCAAAACUGGUGAAAACGAAGCAACCGAGACAGGUCCUGCCCUGCAAUUGAAUGCCAUGAAAUUUCCCAGUAAGAGCCCUUUAACUGAUAUAUACAAGCAUCUGAUGAUCACAGCUGGCAAGUUCACAGUCCAAAUCGAGGAGAAGCUGCUCCUGAAACUUCUGAGUUUCUUUGGUUGUGAUCAGUCAGAAUCAGAAGUUGAAAGUUACGAUGAAAACCUUCACGAAAAGCCGGUUGAUCAAGGUGGAGCACGGAAGCGAUAUUACUUUGAAAACCUCAAGAUCAGUGUGCCGCAGAUAAAGCUGAGUGUCUUCACUUCCAGCAAGCUCCCCUUGGACCUCAAGGCAUUGAAAAGCACCCUGGGCUUCCCUCUGGUUAGGUUUGAAGAUGCUGUGAUCAACUUGGACCCCUUCACCAGAGUCCAUCCCUACGAGACGAAAGAGUUCAUCAUUAACGAUAUCCUGAAGCACUUCCAAGAAGAGCUGCUCAGCCAAGCGGCAAGGAUCCUGAGCUCCGUGGACUUCCUUGGCAACCCAAUGGGUCUCCUGAACGAUGUUUCGGAAGGCGUUACCGGGCUGAUAAAAUACGGAAACGUCGGCGGCCUUAUACGAAACGUUGCCCACGGUGUGUCAAACUCUGCUGCAAAGUUCACUGGAACUUUGUCCGAUGGGUUGGGGAAGACAAUGGAUAACCGGCAUCAAACAGAACGAGAGUACAUUCGAUACCAUGCUGCAACAAGUGGGGAGCAUCUCGUAGCUGGCAUUCACGGACUGGCUCAUGGCAUCAUUGGUGGAUUGACAAGUGUCAUAACCUCGACGGUAGAAGGUGUAAAAACCGAAGGGGGGUUCAGUGGCUUUAUAUCCGGCUUUGGGAAAGGACUCGUCGGAACUGUGACCAAACCGGUGGCUGGUGCUCUAGACUUUGCCUCUGAAACAGCCCAAGCAGUGAGAGAUACAGCCACACUUACCGGCCCCAGGACGCAAGCGGAAAGAGUGAGGAAGCCGCGGUGCUGCAGGGGCCCACAAGGGCUCCUUCCUCGAUACUUGGAGAGUCAGGCAGAAGGGCAAGAGGUGCUGUGCAAGCUGACGGAGAACAUUCAGGAUGAGUUCUUCAUUGCAGCGGAGAACAUAGACAGUUAUUGCGUUAUCAUUUCCUCCAAAACGGUUUAUUUCCUGAAGAGUGGCGACACGAUGGACCGAGAAGCCGUCUUCCUGGAGGUCAAGUAUGACGAUCUCUACCAUUGCCUUAUCUCAAAGGACCACGGGAAAGUCUAUGUGCAGCUGACAAAGAAAGCUGUCAAUUCAAGCAGUGGGGUGUCAAUACCUGGCCCAUCUCAUCAGAAGCCCAUGGUCCACGUGACGUCCGAGGCCCACGCGGUGAAGCUGUCUCAAGAAAUCAACUAUGCAAAGAGCCUUUUCUAUGAACAGCAGCUUAUGUUGAGAUCCAGCGAGCACCCAGAUCAACUCGAGCUGGACUCCUGACCCUGACGGAACCUCGUGGAGAAGUCGCCUCCGCGCUUGGUGAAAAAGAGCAGGACCAGCGUUUGGGUGUUAGAAAGUGUGUUCUGAGAGCCUAGAAAGCCAAGGCCCUGGAAACAAGAGAGAGUCUCGCCAUGGGGGGAACUAUGAGAUCAAAGACGUAUUUGACAUACAUUUAGUUUUAGGGGAAGCCCUAUAUUUUCUUACUCUCUCUGUGUGUAUAUAUACCUCUACAGAUAUAUAUAUAUAUAAAUAUAUAUAUAUGUAUGUAUGUACAACUGUGUUUGGUGUAAAUAAGAAAGUGCACAGGGUGUUGUGAGGGUGUAUAAUGGUCUAUCUCAUGUAAAGAAAUUAAAGGAAAAGUUAUAUUGAGUUUUCUAUUGCACUGAUUCUGAGCAUUUUGAAACAAUGCUUUUCCUGUGGAGGUGGUGAUGAGGACACCUGGAACACUUUGAGGCUCAUUUUUUUUUUGUUACAGGUGCUGUGAGUGACCUGCACUAAGCUGGGUUAUGGCAGAGUCAGGAUGGGGCCUGGCGAUGAUGGUGGGGCAUGUUCCUUUCCACCAUUCAGUGCUUUUGUGUGCUGCUGGCUCCAGAAUUAUUUGGGUUCAUUGUUUGGAAGGGCAAAGGGUAGGGGGCUCCAGCAAAAUAAUGAUACCUAGGGUGUUUGCUCUAUAAAAUAAUUCUGGUGAGGUUGUGUGUGUGUGUACUGCAGUGAUCCCUGCAGGGAGCCAGAAUCUCCAGUUUAAGGGAAACAGGAGAGUUGUUUUUUAAUCAUCUAUGUAACUUUUCUUGCAUUUUGUGAUGUUCACUUUAUAAGGCAGUGUUGAUGUUUAAACAAUAAUGCCUCCUUUUAUAGUGGGACAUUUGCAGAGGAAAGUGAUGUUAUUGCACACACACGUACGCACACACACAAAAGUUCCCCUCUGUUGGCCUUAAGCAGAAAAUGGACUCUGACCAGGAAAUAACACCAGGUAUAUAAGACGACUGGAAAGUAUCAACUGCCUUUUGGGAGGGGUGGAAAGGAAUGGAAGUUUAUAAAUUUUAAUACUGCAGUCCUGUAGUCUUAAAUCUGAGGAUUAAUAAAUGCUACUGCUGCUCUCUC